CUGGGGGUAUCUUUGUACCAUUUUUCAUCCAGCAGCAAUUUGGAGUGGAAACGUGUAAUAGGGGGAAAAAGCAAGGGAUCUCGGCGGUUCGAGCGAGCCGUGCAUCCAGGAGCCAAAAAAGAUUAACACCACCACCCCCCCACCCCUUUCCCCCCCGCGCAAGCCCCCUCCGCACCUCCCCGCGCCCCUCGGGGCUCCGUCGCGGCUCCGCGAUCACCCGCCGGACACCGAGCGAAAAGGGAUUCGUCUGGAGGGCAAUUUCGGAUCGGGGGAGAUCUAUUGGAUUAGUGGGAUUAUCUGCCUGCAGACGGAGAGAAGUAGCGUUUGAUCAUUUCCAUUGCCUGCCUGAUGGUCGGAUUUACAUGGAGGUGGCUCGGCACGGAUGAGGCUGGAUUCCGGAUGGGGAUUUCCAGCCCCCCCUCCCCGCGCCCCGAUCCCGGGAAAGGGGAGAAAAAUAUAUAAAAAUCGGUAUAAUUGGGAAGUGUCCGGGGCACUAUCGGGAGCCCUCCCGCUCCCAGCGGCUGGCAGAGCCGAAGGAGGCGAAUCCAGCGGAUUACAGCUUCAGCUGCGAUUGCGGGAAAGCGGCCGUGAACUGGAUAUAGACCUGCGGCUAACUGGAUUUGAUUUAUAAGAGGGGAUUCUGCAGUAAAUGGCUGCUCUCUUCAUAUUGCUGCUAUGGAAAACAGAAUUGUCAAUAGGAUGUAGUCUGAUAAAUAGUGCUGAGUGAAGAUGCAGCUUCAAUAAGUGUGAAAUCAAUGGAAGAUACUUACCGCAUGAAAAGCCUUUUGAGAUUUUUCUGACAGGCACCUAUUUAGGAAACUCAGUCUGUUUCCUUCGGUCGCCCUGUUUUUACACCAGUGGAUACAAAUCAGAUUGCUUCGUUGUAGUCACACAACUAAUGUGGGACCAUGGCCUUUCCAAGAUCCGUGUGGCUGAACUGUGUAUGGAGAGCGACGGUGGUCCGCCUGCUACACAUGGGAUUGAAUGCCACUUUUGCUGUUUGUACGCUGGGAUUUUUGCUCCACGCUGCAGCUGUGUCCUCCCAAAAAUUGGAUGAUACCAACCCGGUGGUGACCACCAACUUUGGCAAGAUAAGAGGGAUUAAGAAGGAACUUAAUAAUGAAAUUCUGGGGCCCGUUAUUCAGUUUCUCGGGGUUCCGUAUGCUGCCCCUCCGACCGGGGAGCGCCGCUUUCAGCCUCCUGAGCCUCCGUCCCCCUGGGCAGAUAUCAAAAAUACCACCCAGUUUGCUCCAGUGUGUCCCCAGAACAUUAUAGAAGGCAGGUUGCCUGAAGUCAUGCUUCCCGUGUGGUUUACUAAUAACUUGGAUGUAGUUUCCACCUACGUACAAGAUCAGAACGAAGACUGCCUCUAUUUAAAUAUCUAUGUCCCGACCGAGGAUGUCAAAAGAAUAUCCAAGGAAUGUGCCAGAAAACCCGGCAAGAAAAUAUGUAGAAAAGGAGGUCCCCUUACAAAGAAACAGACAGAUGAUUUAGGUGAUAAUGACGGUGCUGAAGAUGAAGACAUUCGGGACAGUGGGGGACCUAAGCCUGUGAUGGUGUAUAUUCAUGGAGGGUCCUACAUGGAAGGCACUGGAAAUUUAUAUGAUGGCAGUGUUCUAGCAAGUUAUGGGAAUGUGAUAGUCAUCACAGUCAACUAUCGCCUUGGGGUACUUGGAUUUCUGAGCACCGGGGACCAAGCAGCAAAAGGAAACUAUGGCCUCCUUGAUCUAAUUCAGGCUUUGCGAUGGACUAGUGAAAAUAUUGGGUUCUUUGGUGGUGACCCAUUAAGAAUAACUGUUUUUGGAUCUGGUGCAGGCGGUUCAUGCGUCAAUCUGUUGACUUUAUCCCAUUAUUCUGAAGGUAACCGUUGGAGCAAUUCAACCAAAGGACUUUUUCAAAGAGCAAUAGCUCAAAGUGGAACAGCUCUCUCCAGCUGGGCAGUUAGUUUUCAGCCUGCGAAAUACGCCAGGAUGUUGGCUACAAAAGUUGGUUGCAACAUGUCAGACACUGUAGAACUGGUAGAAUGUCUACAGAAGAAGCCUUAUAGAGAACUUGUCGACCAGGACAUUCAACCAGCAAGAUACCACAUAGCCUUCGGACCGGUAAUAGAUGGCGACGUGAUACCAGAUGAUCCUCAGAUCCUGAUGGAACAAGGAGAAUUCCUCAACUACGACAUCAUGCUGGGAGUUAACCAAGGGGAAGGGUUAAAAUUUGUCGAAAACAUCGUGGAUAGCGAAGAUGGCAUAUCAGCCAGCGAUUUUGACUUCGCAGUUUCUAACUUUGUCGAUAACUUAUACGGAUACCCAGAAGGCAAAGAUAUACUGAGGGAAACUAUUAAAUUUAUGUACACGGACUGGGCGGAUCGACACAAUCCUGAGACCAGAAGGAAAACACUGCUGGCUUUGUUUACUGAUCACCAGUGGGUUGCACCAGCGGUGGCCACAGCAGAUCUUCACUCGAAUUUUGGAUCGCCUACAUACUUCUAUGCCUUCUACCAUCAUUGCCAGACAGAUCAGGUACCUGCAUGGGCAGAUGCAGCCCAUGGAGAUGAGGUUCCUUACGUACUGGGAAUCCCCAUGAUUGGUCCUACUGAAUUAUUUCCUUGCAAUUUCUCCAAAAAUGAUGUCAUGCUAAGUGCUGUGGUGAUGACGUACUGGACAAACUUUGCAAAGACUGGUGACCCAAAUCAACCAGUGCCGCAAGAUACAAAAUUCAUCCAUACGAAACCAAAUCGUUUUGAAGAAGUAGCAUGGACCAGAUACUCUCAGAAAGACCAACUCUAUCUUCACAUUGGAUUAAAACCACGAGUUAAAGAACACUAUAGGGCCAAUAAAGUGAACCUUUGGUUGGAACUGGUACCUCAUCUGCACAAUCUUAACGACAUUUCACAGUAUACCUCUACCACAACUAAAGUGCCAUCGACUGAUAAUACUUUCAGACCAACAAGGAAAAAUUCAGUUUCAGUUACUUCAGCCUUUCCUACAGCCAAACAAGAUGAUCCCAAACAACAACCAAGCCCAUUUUCAGUGGAUCAAAGGGACUAUUCAACAGAAUUGAGCGUUACUAUCGCGGUUGGCGCAUCUUUGCUGUUCCUGAACAUUUUGGCCUUUGCAGCAUUGUACUACAAAAAGGACAAGCGGAGACACGACGUCCACAGGAGAUGUAGCCCACAACGUACUACUACCAAUGAUCUUACCCAUGCACAAGAAGAGGAGAUAAUGUCCCUCCAAAUGAAGCACACUGACUUGGAUCAUGAAUGUGAGUCCAUCCAUCCACAUGAGGUGGUUCUUAGGACCGCCUGUCCCCCAGACUACACGCUAGCUAUGAGAAGGUCUCCUGAUGAUAUUCCCUUAAUGACACCCAACACCAUCACAAUGAUCCCCAACACUAUACCAGGGAUUCAACCCCUACACACAUUCAACACAUUCACCGGAGGACAGAACAAUACUCUGCCCCAUCCUCAUCCCCACCCCCAUUCACACUCAACAACCAGGGUAUAGCCAGACAAGACGAAACAAACUUUAUUUUUUGAUGGAUUACAGUAGGUGAUAUUACUGAAGAUUACUUGGCUUUCAACCUACAAGACUCUUACUAUUUAAAUAUGGAGGAAUAUUAUGUGAAUAUACAUAUCAAGAACUUUUGGGGUUUUGGAAAAAAUGAAUUGUACAUAUAUCAAAUGAACUUAAGAAACAAACAAAACAAAAGGAAACAAACAAACAAACAAACAAAAC